AUGGCGCAGACCCUCUCGCAGGCGGUGAUCCGGGAAUCCAUAGCCCAGAUCCGGGAGCUCCCCCGAUGCUCGCGCCUCCCCUCGCUGCGGUGCCGGCCGCCAUCCUCUAGCUUGGUUUAUGUCCGGUGGAGAUCCGGCCGGUCGGAGAAGUUCGCGCAGGUCUUUGAGUUUGUGCUCGAGGCAGCGACGGAGGGGGGCGGAGGGUCCGGGGCCUCGUCGUCGGAAUCAACGGCGGCAAGGGGGGAGGCGGCGGCGCGGCGGCUGGAGGACGUCAUCCAUGGGAUACUCGUGCGGCGGUCGGCGCCGGACUGGCUGCCUUUCGUCCCGGGGUCCUCUUACUGGGUUCCACCGCGGAUAAGGUCGUAUAAGCUGGUGGAGGUGCUGGAGAAAGUGUCUAGUCCGAUGACCGAGGAGGAGGUCAUGUCCCUGACGACAGCCUGGGGGUGGCCAUGCUCUUCUCACCUAGUCGGAGGUAAUGGGCAACAUCCCCUUUUAGGUUUUCUUUUUGACGGUAUACCCUGAAGUAAUGCUCGAUAGGGAGAACACCUUAUGAUUUUCUGCAUCUUCUCCUUUUUCAAAUCUUGGCGCUUUCAAUCUGCGCUUUCCAUUCUUGAUGUGCUUAACGAGACAUAUGGCGACUCUUCAAAGGUCUCUCCGUUAUAUAUUAUAGUUUUUAGAAAGAACAUGGCUUUUUCAGUAUAAGUGGUACAAAGAAGCGAUUUAUUCAAUAAGGUUAUUAUGGGGUCAAUUCGGGUUUUUGGGAAAUGAGCGGUAUUAUAAGGAGAAGGCGGGAUAUUUCAGCUGAAACCCACCCCAGAGAUUGAACGUCGUUAUGUCCGUCAACCAAAAGACAGAUUUUUGUGCUUGGAUGGAAAUGCCGACUAUAAUGUACUGACUUUUUCUGACGUUGACAAAGAUGGAAAAGAGAACCAAAGCUAUGGAAAUAUUUUUUUUCGGGGGGAGAGAGAGAGGAACUCAAGGUGUAAUGGGUGUGUGGAGUGA